AUGGGUUUGUUCAUUAUAAUAUCAAUCAGAUAAAUCUAUUUUUGGAUUAUCAAAUUCAUGAUGAUGAAAAUUAAGUUAUUGCUUAUCUUGAAAAUUAACAAAUUUUAAUUAUGGAAUAGGGAUAUCCAAAUUAUUGGUUAAUAAAACACAAGAUUUAAGUAGUUGAUUUGGGUUUUAGAAUAUGUUUUGUGA